CCACGCCACGAACGUCAAACUCAUGAGAAAUAGAUAUCGAUAUUGGACCAAUUAAUCGCAAUGAUGCGUACGUGUCAGGCGAGGCACGACGCACAAGAUUUCCGGUAAAAAGCCACGACCAGACAUUCACCCUUCCCGUGGAACAGCAGAAAGGCUCUCUCCGUCGAUCUUCAUCCUCCUGCUCCUCCUGUUCUUCCUCCUUCUCCUCGCUCCAGCGUGGAGGAGCCGACUCACUGGCUAGAGAACUCGAGUCUCUCCUGCGGAACAUCCCCGGCAGUUUCACGUCGACGGUCAUCCGGAUCGACUCGUGGCCAAGGUCGAUCAUCAACGGCAACGUUCUUUUCGCGUGAAAAACGUCGGUUUUUUCAUAUUUCUUGCUGAACAGUCGAUUGUCUAUUGAAGAUCUGUGAAAUUAUAACAGCUGAUUAUCCAUUGAAAAUUUGUGAAAUUACAAAAAUUGAUUGUUCAUUGCGACAGUUGAUAAUCUAUCGACAAUUUGUGGAAUUACGCCAAUUGGAUUAUUUAUUUGAAUAUUUGUGAAAUUACAAGAAUCGAUUGUCCUCCGUUACAACGAUCGAUUAUCUGCUGAAAAUUUGUGAAAUUUGAAAUCGAACAAGUGUUUCUUACAUUUCAUUUCAUAUUGUGGUAUCGAUACAAAGAAGAUGGAGGAGUCCGGAGAACCGUGGAUCUACACGAUCUAAGUGAUCUAUACGAUAAUAUGGGAUUCGUGGCGGUGGUGCGCUGGUGUUUUUCGAGAAACUUUAGAAAACUUUUGUUUAGGAGACUCUGUUUGAGGAUUUUUGGGCGAAAUUGAGAUCGUGGAGCAUUGGAAAAACGAAUGACGUCGCUCGAUGAAAACACGACGAAGAGAAAAGCUCCAGGGAGCUUAAAAGAGAUACAGACGUGGAUCGUGCUCUAGUUUAGAUCUAGAGCCGAAUAUGUCUUGCGUGGGAAUGUCCUGUUACGAGGAUGGCUUCCGGUUGGCUGGUCCCGCAUCGGAAUGCUCCCUCAGAAGCAAGGCUCGCAUCGAUGCCCUGUUCGAAGAUUCGAGGUCGAUCUACGGAUCGAACAUUGGCGGUUGGUAUGGCGCGGUAUCAACCAUGAACUCGAAUCAUCUGGAGGACAUGGGGGUGGACGAGCAGAGAAGGGUGAACAGCGCCGUGCAGGCGAGGAUCGAGGCGAUGUUCGCUUCCGUGGAAGCCGAAAGCGAAACACCUGGAGAAUGCGCCGCCGCGAUUUUACCGGUGAAAUAUAUGGGCGCAGCACCUGUGGGAGGUCGCGUGGCAAGCGUUCGAGGCCUCCAAGAACCCCUACGUCAGCUUCUGGAAAGAAUCCAAUGUUCUGUGCGGGCGGAACUCGAAGUCUCCAGACGAGGGUUGACUUUCCGCACGUCUGACACCUGCGAGAAGAACAACCCCUUUCGCAGGAUCGCCGUGUGGAGUGCACUGAGGCUUCGCAAUAAACGCAUGCCAUCGGGAGAGCUGCAUCACGCUUUCUUGCCGUUGGUCGGUGAUCACGAACAGAGCCAGACAAGCGAGGAGAAGCACGCAGACUUGUACAGAACAAUGCGUGGCCUGAAAACGACAUCAGACCACUAUUCACCGAUAUUUGCAGUAGUAAUGCGACGACCAGGGGCGACCAGGUUACUAGAAUGCCACGCGUUCGCGUGUGAGACGGAAGAGGAUGCAGUGGCUGCUGCAGCGACCCUCUACAGAUCUCUACUCGCUGAUUUGGACGCGAAUCGACGUCGGCCAAGGCACACGAACGGCGUCGGUUGCAUGAGCAUAGCCUCGGUAGCCUCCAGCGUCAGAGAACCGAGUCCAAGCAGCAGGCUCAGCACCAGAAUGAACAUAUUACAAUCGGAAGCUAUCAGAUCGACUCCUCAACAUCCCGUGAGACCUCCAAGAACGAAGAAAACCUCCGUGUCCAGUUCAGUAACGGAAGAGGAAACUGAAAAAUCAUCUGGUUUACAAAAAGCUCCCAGAAGAAAGAAGAAAAAUUCUGAUAUCAAAGCAGAAGACGUUUUGGAGGCUCGAGGAAGAAGAAAAGAGGCUAGUCCGAAAGAAAAAAUUACUCCAGUGGUCCAGAGCUUCAGUCCUAUUCAGACGAACUUCGACUCGAAAGUUUCCAAGAAAGAGGAACGCGAAAAUUCGAAGAAUAAAACGUUCGGAAUUAAAAAAGAAUUAAACGCUCCUGAAAAAAUCGAAGUAGAAAACUCGAAUAAUUCUGCGAACAAGAUUUACGACAUAGGGGCCAAUGGAUUCUAUGAGACAGUCUCUAACAGAUACGAGAAGCUUCCAAUAAUUGGAAAAGCGGGGAAAAUCGAGAGCCCGGCGCAAGAAACUCCGAUUAAAGAAGCAGAUGACGUGGAGGAAAGAAUGUACGAAAAAUCUCACGGUUCCUAUGACCUGAAUAAUCCUGUGUCCUCGAGAGAUGCGUCUAAGGAUCAAGAAACACACUCUGCGAGGUCAGACGUUAUAAUCUACGACAGGAUCGACAGAUCAGGCUGCAAGAGCGAAGAAAACGCAUUGUACGAACGAGCUUUGAAGAGAAACAGCAAAGAGAGGCUCUAUGAGGAACACUUUAAAGAUGUUGAUAAAAUAUACAGUCUUGCCCAGGAAGAAAUUUACAGUGACAGAGGUAGCAAACUGGGACCAGGGAAGAUAAAGAGUUCUCAAGAAGAUAUAUUCUUUGGUAGAUCCUGUAAUAACGAGAUUUAUCAGUUGAGCCAGGAGAGUCGUGGGGAUUCUGUGUCAGUGGAACGAAGAAGAUCCAGGGACCAAGAGAAGAUCACACCUGGAAGACGAGUGAGCAGAGUGGUUACCAUGGAUAAACCUUUGAAGAAGCAACUCAGCGACUCCACGUCGAAUUUGAAUUUGAUGGAGCAUAAUCAGCCAAGAGUCAGGAAGAGAAGCAGAGCUGGAAGUGAACCACCUGUUAGCAGGUCUGAGGAUGCUACGAAGGCUCUCGAGGAGACUAGAUUGAAGAGAUCUCAGAGUGAUAUAGACGUGGACAGAGGAGAUUUGAUGACCAGAGUCGAGUUGCCCAGGAGAGGAAGCUUUUUGAAUCCUGGAAGCGCUAGGAGACCUAAUAGCAUCAAAGGUGGCACUCCUUUGGGAUUUACCGAACUUUUUGAUGAGUUUAGGAAUCAGGAGGGUCUGACUAGUGUCGACGACAUCUUGGCUGCUAUUAUCGAUCCUGAAGGCAUGUCAUUCAACGACUUGAAACCCUUGUACAAAGAGUUCUUGUUAAAAUUAGCCGCCACAUUGACACAGGAUGAGCUAUAUCAGAGAUCAGCGAGCAUAAUGAGGAGGCGUCGAAGGCCGCAACGAAGACGAUCCAGUCGUCGAACCUGCUUACUUGGCAGGGCCAUCAAAAGGUCUGUGUCGAGGUUGAAAGGUGGACCGACGGAAUUCACUUCCGUGAUCUUCCCUGCGAGAAGACUGAACGAUAGUUUCGGUAGUAGCUCUUCUUGCGACGCCAGGAACAAUCAUAGGAAUCGUGUAUUGGCUAAUAAAUUGGGCAAGAGAAGAUCUUCGUGGAGGACAAGUAAAAAUGGCGCCUGCCAUACUACUUCUGAAGAUAGCGACACUUGCAGAAGACUAAACAGAAGCGCAGGAGCGGCAGCGAACAGGAGCAGCAGCGGUUACGUGAGUUGCAGCGAGUGUAGCUACGAUUCGGAGUCGUGCACCUGCGUGUCAGCGGACAAAUGCUACUGCUCGUUGUCGAGGAGGAUCCCGACGCAGCCUCACGUUCCUCCAAACACGGUGGUAUGUGCUUGUGACACUGACAGCUGCUCUGAAAGCAAUAAGUGUUACUGUGCUCGGCAGCCGAUCCGGCCGACGAUACUGGAGCAGUUAAGGCAGAGAGGCAUCGUGCCCUCUGAAGGCACCCUCAGCCGAGCCGGAAGCCCGGACAAAGCUCGAGCGGUCAAGACCGGCAGAUGUCGAACGCCUUCCCAAGGUUUGGAUGUACUCAAGAAGCAGUCAUCGUCAAGCUACGGUAGUUCGAACAACUUCGCCCUAGAUUACGACCUGUUCAAUCCAGGACGAAAGUCUCAACAGUCUUCAGACAGCGAGAAGGUGCUAGUCGUUAGUGCUAGAGACACGCAGGGCCGUUUAGUGUACGUCGGUGGCGCUGACAGAGACAAGAAAUGUCUUUCCCAUUGUUCCAGUCGAUCUGGAGCGCAUCACGAAGCCCUUUCGAUCAAGAAAAGCGCGGAAAUCGCGGCCAUCUUCGGCGCUGAAUCGAGUAGAAUCAGCAGGCGAACCAGUAACGCUUCCAGCGUCAAGAGUUCCAUUAGUCUGGAGGCUGGUUUAGGCUACUUACCAUGAAGAUCCUUUUUUCCUUGAUAAAAUCACACCCUCUACUUGAUCUGGUCGGCAAAUUAUAAGGAUUAGAAAAUAUAGUUAUAUCACAGGAUGAUUGUAAAUUAAAUUAAUGCGUCAAAUUAUACAGUAAUGACAUUUACACGACCUUAAGUAAAAAAUAAGAUACCGAGAAGUUUAAAAGAUUUAAAUUUAUUAUUUAAAUUUAAUUUUAAAGAUUAAAAUUAAAUAAAGUAUAAAUCAUUGAUCAAUCGUCAUGUUAUAACUUGACAUCAAAAAAUAUAGAAAAGUCUAUUCUUGAAAAAGAAUUUUCGAUCAGAUUUAGUAGAUAUUAUACAUAAAUAUACAUAUAUAUAUAAAGUUAUUUUUUUAUUUUUUAUUAAAAAAAGACACCAUUCAGCAAAGAGGUGUAAAUACUGAAAUAAAUACUUCAAAGAGAACGUCCAGGAAGAAAUACGUAAAAGAUAUCGAAUUAUUUUUUACGAGGGCAUAAACGCUCCAGCGAUAAUAGUUUCUAUUUUUACUUUUAGAAUAUUAUUUGUCUUUUACUAAAGAAAUACCUUGAGCUCGCGUUUUCGAUAUUCAAUUACUAUUUAAUUGAUUCAAGCUAAUUGGCAUGAAAAAUCACGGGAAUGUAAUGUCUACGUAUAUAUUGAUAUUAUAGCGCGUGUAUAUUAAUUAAUAACGGUACUGUCAUUUACAUGGUUCGCAGAAAUGUACCAGUUCUUUCCAUAACGGUACCAUAUUCUCGUUUCUGCGAGACUUGAUCUCAGCAAAAGUGGCUCUGAGUCGAGCACGCUAAAAUUAGCGAUUUACUGUUCGCACUACAGACAUUACAAAAAAGGAAAAUAUUCAAUAUCGUCAUUCUGAUAACGUGUACGAAUAUCUUGCAAGUACCUGCAUUAUCACUUGUAAAAUUUUCUUUCCUUUAUUUUUGCAUUCUUGACAAUUAUUUAUAGAUCAAAGUAUCUAUUGAGAUGUAAACAAUUUUUUUAUUCGUCUUUUUGACUGCUGUUUAAUGUAUGCGUGAAAAUAAUUCGCAAUGAUAGCUAAUCCAAUUUAGCAUAGAUCUGUUUGUAAGAUUUUUGGUUGAAUAUGAUCAAUUAUUAGUUUGUAUUUUUGUCAAUCCUCUGUUGCUACACAGGACCUGAUAACUCGACUAAAGAUAGUUUAACAAACGAAGCAAGGGAACAGUGCAAUACCACGCGCAGCCUCGUCUCUCCUGAGGUAAAUUAUCGUUUUAUUAUAAUAUGUACAUUUCUCGUGUAAUAUGUAUGAAAUAUGAGGCAAUUCCUAUUGUUGCACCGAUACUUCUUCAUGUACUAUUAAUAAAAUCUUGAUCCAUUUUAUGGAAUUUUUCUGUGUA